CUCAACUGUCGGUCUUCCGCACCCACCUGCUCGUUCCUCCAUGGCCGCAACUUCUAUCGUCAACGUCGUCGUAUCUGGCGCCGCUGGCCAAGUGGCGUACUCGCUCCUCCCUCUGCUUUGUAGCGGCCGCGUCCUUGGCCCCGAUCAACGCAUUCACUUGCGUUUGUUGGACAUUCCGCAAUCGCUCGAAGUGUUGAGCGGUGUCGUGAUGGAACUCAACGACUGCGCGUUCCACCUCGUCCACGAGAUUGUCCCCACGACCGAUCUCCAAACUGCGUUUCAAGACGCCGACAUUGCGAUCCUUUUGGGUGGAUUCCCCCGCAAGCAAGGCAUGGAACGCAAGGAACUCAUUUCCAAGAACGGGUCGAUCUUCAAGGCGCAAGGUGAAGCGCUUGAGUUGUAUGCCCGCAAGUCUGUCAAGGUCUUGGUCGUGGCCAACCCUGCCAACACCAACUGCUUGAUCGCGAUGAAACAUGCUCCAAGCAUCCCCACGGAAAACUUUUCGGCCUUGACUCGACUGGACCACGAACGCAUGCGCUCGCUCUUGGUGAAGAAGAUUCAAUCGUACCCCGAGCACAAGCAUGUUUCGUCGCAGCACUUGAAGAACUGUGUGAUCUGGGGCAACCAUUCCAACACGCAAGUACCAGAUGCGGCGCACGUGGUCAUUCAAAUGGCGGACGGGUCGGUCGCGCCGCUCGCAGACUUUUUGCAAGACCCCGACUGGAUUGACUCGUCGCUGCGUCCUUUGGUGCAAAACCGAGGCGCGGCCAUCAUCCAAGCGCGCAAGUUGUCGAGUGCCAUGUCUGUGGCGGCCGCGAUUGCCGGCCACAUGAACGACUGGCUGUUUGGCACGUCGGAGUUGGUGUCGAUGGCGGUCCUGUCGACGGGCAACAAAUAUGAUGUGCCCGACGACUUGAUUUACUCGUUCCCCGUCAAGUGCAUCGGGAACGGCAAGUACCAACUGGCCAACGUGGCCGUGACGCCUGCGAUUGCAAAGCUCAUGCAAUUGUCGGCGGACGAGCUCGAAGGCGAAAAGGUCGAAGCAUUUGCUCACGUUGAAAGCAACUGCUAAUCGAUGGCGUCCCCUGGGCGUUGGCUUUGUCUCUAAAAUUGGCGCUGCACGUCCGCUGAAGCGUCGUCGCGGGGACGCAAUUCUUGCCCGUGCCUUCCCCGCGCCGUACGAAACACAGGACGACGUGUCCAUGUCGAGCGCUUGCUUCGGGCAAACGUUGUCGACAGCGUCGAGAUACUUGUACAUGUGGCACUGGCUUGGCAUCGUUUUGUCACGUUGUGCCGCGACCCCCACGUGAAAUCUGGCAUGUAGCCGCCGCCAAGUCUGUGUGCCUAGCGCGCAAGUCUGUCCCUCAUUUUCAAAGCGCUAGCAUGCGUUGCAUCCAGCAUAGGAGGAAGUGCUGCCUCUUUGCGCAUGUGCCUAGACGAUGCCAGAGUUC